CAGGGCUCAACGAGGAAGAAGCCUGGACGCAGUCUGCUCAGGAGACAGUGGGGGAUGUAGCAGCCUGGGUUUAAGGUACAAUUGUGCUUACAUAAUGCUGAAGUGUGGUUUUUACAGAAUGGUUCAAUUGGUUUACAUAUAUGACAGCAUUUAAAACAACAAUGCUAACAAGUGUGAUUCCGAGACUGCUGAAAUUGCAGAGACAAUCUGCCACCAAAUAUAUAGUUCCUUUGUCAUAUUCCUUUAUUUUUGGGACUAGGCAAUAUUCAUCUACCUAUUCAGAUACAGAUGUUGAGCAAUUCAUCAACGAGAAUAAACGAACAGUUGACAGUCUCUAUAAACUUUCCAUUAAUAUUAAGAAAAUUCGUCAGUUGAAGAGAUGGGUGCUAUUGAAAGACGUUGCUUUCGUAGAAGAAACUGCGGAUUUCCUAAAAGGUUUAGGAGCUAAUGAGAUUACUGUGGCUAACAUUCUAGAACAAUGCCCUGAAGCAUUUCUCCAGGAUCCUGCCGUGAUAGAUACACAAAGACACUUAUGGAGUUUGAUCUGUUCCUCUGAUGAAGAACUGGUUAAAAUAAUUGAAAAGUUUCCGGAAUCUUUCUUUGUUCAUAAAUGUCCAGACAUUCAAAAAGCCAACAUUACUUACUUGAAAGAAUUGGGACUUAACAAGAAAAUUAUCUGCAGGCUUUUAGCAAGUUCUCCACAGAUCUUUUGUAAUUCGGUUGAAGGUAAUAAAGAAAUUAUUAGUGCUUUGGAAGACAUUUACCUUACUAUCGGUGGAUCAAAAGCAAACUUUAAAACUUGGUUGAUGAAGUUAUUAAGCCAGGAUCCAUUUGUAUUAUUAAAACCUUCUUCAGCCUUAAAGACAAACCUUAAUUUUAUCCAGAGUUUAGGAUUUGAUGAUACAGAAGUUUUAAAACUUCUGUCCAAGCUUAAAGGAUUUAUAUUUGAUCUAAAUUGUACUACCAUGGAAAAUAGCAUUUUGUUUACUAGAACGGUUUUUAAAUGUAGCGAUGAUGACCUGAGACAGAUGAUAUUAAAAUUUCCUGGUGUAUUGUAUUACUCUGUUCCAGUUUUGAAGGAUCGUCUAACAUGUCUGGUGAGGGGAGGCGCUUCAUUGGAUCAGGUAAAACAAUCUCCAAAUGUUCUAGAGCUUACAACACAAAUUAUAGAGUACAGAAUUAAAAAAAUAAAGUUAUUGGGCCAUGAAAUAAGGAACCAGCAUUUAGAUAUUUUAAACGGUACUAAAAAAGAUUUUGAAGUUAGCUAUGGAAGAUUACAAGUAAAGAAAGAACGGCCUUUGUUUAACCCUGUUGCACCUUUGCAAGUUGAUGAGUAACUUUACAAUGUACAAAAAUUAGU